AUGUCUCCAUCUACUAUCAAUUCGACAAAGGAAUAUAGCAUCGCGUCCAUUCCAGCUGAUGGGAUCGGACCUGAAGUCAUCGAUGCAGGUAUUCAAGCCCUCAAUGCUCUCGCGACAACAAUGGGAACAUUCAAGCUUAACUUCACACCCUUUGAUUGGAGCUCGGAAACCUAUAAGAGGACUGGAAAAUACAUUCCUGAAGGUGGCCUUGAAGAGUUAAGGAAGCAUGAUGCCAUUCUCUUCGGUGCAGUUGGUGCCCCUGACGUUCCCGAUCACAUCUCUCUUUGGGGUCUCAGAUUAGCCAUCUGUCAACCAUUUCAGCAAUAUGCCAAUGUUAGGCCAACUAAAGUUUUCCGUGGAACCAAAUCUCCACUUCGGGACUGCAAGCUCCUAGAUUGGGUUAUUGUUCGUGAAAACAGUGAAGGUGAAUACGCUGGACAAGGCGGUCGUUCGCAUCGUGGUGAAGCAUGGGAGACUGCGACUGAAGUGGCCAUCUUCACUAGACACGCUGUUGAUAGAAUUCUUCGUUUUGCGUAUGAAACUGCGCAGAAACGACCACGAAAGAUGCUGACGGUGGUAACCAAGAGCAACGCACAACGUAAUGGCAUGGUUCUUUGGGAUGAGGUGGCGAAAGAGGUUGCAAAAGACUUCCCAGAUGUAAAGAUGGACUUCAUGCUUGUGGACGCAAUGACCUGCAGGAUGGUAUUAAAACCAGAGUCUUUGGAUACUAUUGUCGCAACGAACUUGCACGCUGAUAUUCUUUCCGAUCUUGCCGCUGCUCUCGCAGGCUCUAUCGGUAUUGCCCCAACAUCGAAUCUAGAUCCUACCAGGAACAAUCCUAGUAUGUUUGAACCUAUUCAUGGCUCUGCAUUUGACAUUACUGGCAUGGGCAUUUCAAAUCCUGUCGCAACUUUCUGGACUGCUGCGGAGAUGCUGGAAUGGCUCGGGGAGGAGGAAGCAAGUCAAGUUCUCCUAGAGUGUGUUGAAAAGGUGUGCGAACAGGGUAUCGUGACUAAGGAUCUUGGAGGGAACGCAAAGACGGCAGAGGUGACCGAUGCGGUUUGUGCCGAGAUACAGAAAUUUUUCAAGGGAAAAAAUUCUGUUUGA